CCCUGUAAUUGAAUGCGAACUAAACCAAGUGACAGCUGAAGUUGACGACGGGAAAUUGCUUGCGCGGUUGAAGCAUAACACAAUCUUAAAAUUUCGGACUGUGCUUAUUGUACACAUUAUAUUUCAUUUCAUUUAAAUGCAAUUAUUGAAAGAAAAUUAUAAAUUAUUUUAAGCAAUAUACGGCCAGUAAAACAUUUACUUAAUAUGUCCUUGAAGCCAAAAUCUGUUAAUUUCGAUGAAAUUUGGCCACAAUUACGCGCUACUGCAACGGCUGUUGUUACUUUAGGCAAGGUUGAACGCGAUGCCUGGAAUACCAGUUUCAGUGAUGUGUAUACGUUGUGCGUCGCACACCCUGAACCAUUUGCAGAUAAACUCUACGCUGAAACUAAAGAUUUUCUAGAGCGUCAUGUCAGUACUAUGUUAUCCGAAAGGGUAAUGCCCUUAUCGAAAGAGAAUGAAUCAAGUAAUCCACUCUGCCAACCGGAUCUACUACAACGUUAUUAUGAGGCGUGGGCUGAAUAUAGUCAAGGCGUAGAGUAUUUGCACUUCCUCUACUCGUACCUCAACCAACAGCAUAUUAAAAAACAAAAACUAUCUGAUGCUGAAGUAGUUUAUGGUACCAUAUCCACACAACACAGGGAGCAAAUGGAAAUUGGCGAAUUAGGCCUCGAUAUUUGGCGUUUAUGCAUGAUAGAAGGGCUCAGUACUGAAUUGGUCCGGCACAUUCUCCAGGGUAUUGCCGCUGAUCGAGAAAAUGAUAAAUCGAUCGAUACUAAGAGAAUUAAGAUUAUCCAUGGUGUCAUACAUAGUUUCGUACAGGUGCAAAAUUACAAAAAGACUGGGUCACUUAAAUUAUACCAAGAUUUAUUUGAAAACUAUUUAUUAAAAACCAGUGGAGAGUAUUAUGCGGGAGUAUCAUCAAAGUUAUUACAAAGUUGUACUGUAAGUAAAUAUAUGGAAGAAGUUAUUAAAAUUCUUGAAGAUGAAAAUCAGCGAGCGUACAGGUUUUUACAUACUAGCUCGUAUCCGAAAAUGCGUAAACAAUGCGAAGAAAAAUUUAUUAAUGAUAGAUUGGAUUUCUUAUAUUCUGAGUGUAAAGAAAUGGUAACUCAAGAAAAGCGCAAAGACUUACGCAAUAUGUAUAUAGUAUUGAAACCCAUACCCGACAACCUGAAAGAUUUGCUGAUACAAUACUUCUUGGAUCAUAUUAAAAACGAAGGCCUUGAAACAAUAUCAACAUUAAAAGGCGACAAUAUACACAUACAAUUUGUUGAAAAUAUGUUGAAAGUACACCACAAGUUUCAGGAACUUAUAGCCGAUGUUUUUGAAAAUGAUUCACUAUUUCUAAGUGCUUUAGAUAAGGCUUGUGCGAGCGUUAUUAAUCGUCGUGUAAAUGACAAAACGCCAUGUCGGAGUGCCGAAUAUGUAGCCAAGUAUUGUGAUACGUUAUUAAAAAAAUCAAAGACUUCAGAAUCUGAAAUUGACCAAAAACUGACAAACAAUAUAACAAUUUUUAAGUAUAUUGAGGAUAAAGAUGUUUAUCAAAAGUUUUAUAGCAGACUUCUUGCUAAAAGGUAA